UCUCCGCUCUGCCUCCUGCUCUGCGCUCACCCACUGCCCAAGCCUGCCGCUCCUGUCCCAGUACCCCAAGGUGGGCCCUGGACACCGGAGAUCCCCUGGCUCCUCUCCCCAGCCCGGACUCUCCGUACCUCAGCCCCCGAGAGGGCGCUACGCCGCCAGGGGGCGCCGUGUGAGCUCCCUAUCCCGGCCACCCGGCGCCCCCUCCCACGGCCCAGGUGGGGACGGGAGGGGGGCGCCGGGGGCCAUGCGGGGCCAGAGCCGUAAGGAGAGUUUGUCCGAUUCAAGAGACCUGGACGGAUCCUAUGACCAGCUCACAGGCCACCCUCCAGGGCCCACUAAAAAAGCGCUGAAGCAGCGGUUCCUCAAGCUGCUGCCAUGCUGCGGGCCCCAAGCCCUGCCCUCAGUCAGUGAAAUUGGCCGUGUCUUCCGCUUUCUCGGUGACAGUUCGCUCCCUUCAGCAUUAGCCGCCCCAGCCUCCCUCCGCCCCCACAGACCCCGCCUGCUGGACCCAGACAGCGUGGAGGAUGAGUUUGAGUUGUCCACCGUGUGUCACCGGCCCGAGGGUCUGGAGCAGCUGCAGGAGCAAACCAAAUUCACGCGCAAGGAGCUGCAGGUCCUGUACCGUGGUUUCAAAAACGAAUGUCCCAGUGGAAUUGUCAAUGAGGAAAACUUCAAGCAGAUUUACUCCCAGUUCUUUCCUCAAGGAGACUCCAGCACAUACGCCACUUUUCUCUUCAAUGCCUUUGACACCAACCAUGAUGGCUCAGUCAGUUUUGAGGACUUUGUGGCUGGUUUGUCGGUGAUUCUUCGGGGAACCACAGAUGAUAGGCUGAACUGGGCCUUCAACCUGUAUGACCUCAACAAGGAUGGCUGUAUUACCAAGGAGGAAAUGCUUGAUAUCAUGAAGUCCAUCUAUGACAUGAUGGGCAAGUACACGUAUCCUGCACUCCGGGAGGAGGCCCCAAGGGAGCACGUGGAGAGCUUCUUCCAGAAGAUGGACAGGAACAAGGAUGGCGUGGUGACUAUUGAGGAAUUCAUUGAGUCUUGUCAAAAGGACGAGAACAUCAUGAGGUCCAUGCAACUCUUUGACAAUGUCAUCUAGCUCCCCAGGAGAGGGGGUCAGUUGCCCUGGGGGGACCAUGCUCUAGCCCUAGUCCAGGUGGACCUCACCCUUCUCUUCCCAGGUCUGUCUUCAUCCUAGCUCUACCCUGGGGGCUAUAGGAACCCAAGAGCCUGGGGAUUUAGUGGUCCAUACUGCUGGAGCUGAGGAGGGUAGGGAGUGGGCAGAGUGUAUCUGUGGGGGUGUUUUCAACUCCCAACAGCUCCCCCUUCCUGCCUGAAACUCAGUGCCGAGGGUGCCCUGUUAUGGGAAUUGAGUGGUCUUUCCCAUCCCACCCCCGAACUGAGAAACCACAACACUAGGCAAAAUGUCUCCUGCUAUGGUGCUUCCCCCAUCCCUGAUCUCAUAAGCAUUUCCCCUAAGAUUUCCUUAUAAAAAGGCUGUUCUGUCCUCGGCACUGACUGGCCUUUCAGGCCAGGGCCUUUGACAGUGCUGUAGGAGGGGGUCAAGAAUGUGGAGGGAGUAACCUUGGGCCUAAGCCAGCGGGUAGGCCCUAGGAGGCAAUUGCGGUAGAGAGCAGAAAAGCCUGGGGAUUGUCAGUGACAGCAUACCAGGCUAUAGCUUUGAGCUCUACAGGUCUGCCACCCCAAGCCAUCAGAAUAUGUGUUUCCAGGCUCUUCAGAAAACCUUGGAAAUAUCCCCAGAAAAUUUCCAUGUACUCCUCAGUAUCCCAGGAGAACCUGGGAUCCGGGUUUUGGCAGAUCCCUGGAAUUUCUUCCUCUUCUUCCUUCCUGUUUGGGUAGAGGUGGUGGCAGUGGGGGGAAGAUGUGUGGGAGCUGUCUUGACUGAUACCUGCCAAAGUUUUGGCCUACCUUCUAUGAUGGCUGCAACUUAAGUUUUCAUUUGUCAUUUCCUCUAGACCUGGAGGCAUGGAGUAAGUCAGGGACCACCCUGUGGAUGCCUUAGGAGAAAAAGGAAGGAAGGAGGCAGACAUAGCAUUUGAACCCAGUGUGGGGGCAUUUUUGAGAAUUUUUGAUAUACCCAGGCUCUAUUCCUCCCUCCCCACAUAGCCUCCUCAUAGCCUACUCAGAGUUUCCUCUUGCUCUAGUCAAUCUACCCAGAGAUGCCUCUGAGCACACCUUGAAGGCAGGGACCAUAGGAUCCAGGUCCCACCUCACUGUCAGCAGCCUGGCCACACUGCUACCCUUUAAUAUAUCUGCUUGUCCCAUUUAGCUCACUUUCCCAGUCAGCUGUGAACUGAGGGGGAGGACCCCCAAGGAGCCCCCUUCCCCAUAAGAACACUGUUGACUACUUUGCAUUUUUGGUUCCUCUGUAAUUUUUGUAAAAUAAGAAAUCACCAGAUCCAAUAAAACACAAUGGCUAUGCA